GGGAAGAACCUCACUAAAACCAUACGAUUUUAUUAUUUCUUUCUACAAUGAGUGUACUGAAAAGUCUAGUGAUCAUCUCUGUUCUCGGAAUAUGCUUAACACCUCGUUGUUCCGAAUCUGCGAUAUCUUGCAGUGUUGUUUUAAAUGAUUUGCAGCCAUGUGUUAGCUACUUGAUCAACGGAAGUGGACAACCUCCAAAGACAUGUUGCGACGGAGUUAAGAGAUUAGAUAGGGAGACCACUGCAUCGGCCGACAAAAAGGCGGCUUGUCAAUGCAUCAAGUCAGUGGCUAACACUGUCACCGUGAAGCCUGAAUUGGCUAAAUCCCUCGCCACCAAUUGUAACGCGAGCUUGCCUGUUGACCCAUCUUCUACUGUCGACUGCAAUACGGUUGGUUGAGAUAUUAUCAAAUCGAGCAUUGUUCCGUCUAUCAUUCUUAAGUUUGAAAUUUACAUCAAUAAAGGCCGCGUAUUAUAUUGUUUGUGUAGCACUCUAGGCCCAUUGUAAGGUUCAUUUAAUUUCGUUAUGUAUGCAUACGCAUGUAUAAUUAAACUAUCUUAUAUAUUAAAACAGAAGUCAUAACUUAACUUCAUGUGUGAUUUUUU